UCGUACUGGAACAGCAGCUGCCUUAGAGGAGGAGAUCUACUUUACAUUAUAUAUAUAAUAUAGAAGUAUAUAAUGGCGAAUGUCUGGGUGCGGAUCUUGAUCGGUGGCCUGGCCAUGCUAGCUGCCGUGGGUUACAAAAACUAUAAGGAUCUUUCGUUGCCCGGCAAGAGGCCCGAUCUGGACAACAAUGCCUACUGGGGACCCAAGUCCAAAGAGCCCUACAAGGAAAACAAGGCUGUAUUGCCCUAUGACAUCAGUGUGAAGCCAGAGGUAAUUGAAGACCUCAAGGCCCAGCUAAGUCGCCCCUCUAAGGCCCAAGCCCCUCUAGAGGGCGUGGGCUUCCAGUAUGGUUUCAAUUCCCAGGAACUGGCCAAGGUGGUGAAAUACUGGCGUGACACUUAUCUGGCCAAGUGGAGCGAGCGAGAGCAGUUCCUCAAGCAGCUAAAUCAUUACCAGACUGAAAUCCAGGGCUUGAAAAUUCACUUUAUACAUGCCAAGCCCAAAAGCGUUAAGGGCAAAAAGGUGCUGCCCCUGCUCCUGAUGCACGGCUGGCCUGGAACUGUCCGGGAAUUCUACGAUUUUAUUCCCCUGCUCACUACACCCAACGAUAAGAGUGACUAUGUGUUUGAGGUGAUUGCACCCAGUCUGCCGGGCUAUGGAUGGUCUCAGGGCUCAUCAAAAACUGGCUUCGGCGUGGCCCAAGUGGCCGUGGUGAUGCGCAACCUGAUGGUUCGUCUCGGUUUCCAAAAGUUCCUGGUGCAGGGCGGCGACUGGGGCUCCUUGAUUGGCUCCAAUCUGGCCGGUCUCUUCCCGGAAAAUGUGCUGGGCUAUCACUCGAAUAUGUGCGGCAACAACAGUCCCAUGGGCAGCCUGAAGCUAGUGCUGUCCUCCUUCUUCCCCAGCUGGUUUAUCGAUAGCCAGUAUGUGGAUUACUACAAGGGAUUGGGUCACCUGUGGGCCACCAUUACCGAGGAGAUGGGCUAUGCCCAUAUCCAGGCCUCCAAGCCGGACACCAUUGGCAAUGCCUUGAUCGAUAAUCCAGCGGGUCUGGCGGCCUACAUCCUGGAAAAGUUCUCCACGUGGACAAACCUGAAGUUUAGGGAUCUCCCCGAUGGCGGCCUGACCAAGAGAUUCACCUAUGACCAGCUGUUGGACAAUGUGAUGAUCUACUAUGUGACCAACUCCAUAACCACCUCGAUGCGCCUGUACUCGGAGUCCAUGAACAAGGCUCAGUUAGCCCUGGAGGUGGACAGGUUGCCUAUACUGGCCAAGACUGGUUGCACUCGCUUUGCCCAUGAGAUAAUCCAUGCCCCGGAUGCAGUGCUGGCCAACAAGUUCCCCAAUCUGGUGCACAGCACCCACCAUCCCGACGGCGGACACUUUCCGGCCUUCGAGCUGCCCCAGCAGAUGUACGAGGACUUUAUUGCCUUUGUUAAGAAGGCCAACUUCUCUUGAAGGGAUUUGAUGUUAUGAUUAGUCUUAAGAAUUCAUUGUAAAUUGUCAUUUGAGUUGUGAAAAUCAAGGUAAAAAUCGGCUUGGUGAUAAAGCGUUCCUUAUCUUUGUGAAAACUGAAA